UGUCGUAGCCGUUUAGCACCACGGUCAGGAUUCCUCCCAGGUCCAGACUGAAAAUCUGCACCACAUAAAAGACAAGGGACCUGUGAUUGGCUGCCAGUCGGCCAUGAUCAAGUGCUCACAGAACCCAGGGGAACAUACAUAAAAGCCUGUUUUGUGGGAGCGGUCAGCACAUCCUCACUUGAGCCUACACUUAUUCUUUCAUCUCCACCAAUACCAGCUCAUGAGAAUCAUGAUUACACUGAAAUUCGGGACUCUUUUUCUUGCCUGUGUGCUGGUCUUCUGUCAAAUGUACAUCUUGCAGGCAGCACCAUCUAGAAGUCGGGAAGACCCCAUUACAGAUGGAGUCACUCUAUCCAACGAUGAUGUGCAGAAGUUACUUAGAGCUAUUAGAGAAUUUAUGCAGCUUGCUUUAGAUGAUGAUCACCAACCAGCUGAUGGAAACAGCAACACAACAACACAGAAGAGGUCAUGCAACACUGCCACCUGCGUAACCCACCGCUUGGCCGACUACUUGAGUCGAUCGGGAGGAAUGGGGUACCGUAACUUUGUACCCACAGGCGUGGGGGCCCAGGCGUUUGGCAAGCGGAGACGACGCAGCCCUGAAUGAACACGCAAGUCCAGUAUAUGGCUUGAAGAGAUCAAGUUGCAUCAUUGUGCCUCCACUUCACACUUUAAGGACCCAUGUUUUGGUGUUUAUUGUUAGCCUGUAGUUAAGCACAAAUAUGUACAUUAUAAAAGAGUUUUCAAGGUAUUGAGCUUUGCAAGCAGAGAAGAUGGAGGAGCCUCUAGCUCAGCUGCCCUUUUGACCCGUGUGAGCAGUAUCAUAUUUCAUACUCGAUGUUUGACUGUGCAUCUGCAGCGCUUAUGAAACCUGGAACUACUGUGGCUGUCUUGUGCUUUCAAGUAAAUCAUGCCAUCAUAUUUAAUCAUAGUGCACACUGCAAAUGCAGCGAUGGAGCCCUCCUUUGACUGUGAUACUGUGAUAUGAUGUAUGUAAUAAUUGUGAGCAGAAAUAAAUUGUAAUUUAGCUACACAAGGUAUUUUAGACUCUCUGUAUUUGUGUGUUACAGUAGGAGCAGUAGACCACACUGCAGUA